AUGGAUUUCAAAACUUCCGAAAAUGAACUAAUAUGGAAAGAUUUAAACUUAAAAACGCCAUCAAAUAAAUCAUUACUGCAAAAUAUAUCGGGAACAGUCGGUCCAUCCUCAAUGACUGCCUUAAUGGGACCAAGCGGUGCUGGAAAAACAACAUUACUAAACGCUCUAGCUGGAAGACUGCCGAAUAGUAUGAACCUCACUGGGGAAAUACUAUUAAAUAGCAGGCCGCGAGACAAUAACGAAUGGUCGAAAAUAAUGGGCUACGUCGAACAAGAAUUUUAUGGCUACGAAAAUCAAACUGUUUACGAAACGCUCGAUUUUUGUAAUAAAGUUAAAGGCGCCAAAUCGUCUGUAGAAGAUAUUAUGAAUAUUUUAGGGUUGGUGAAGUUAAAAGACAGUCUUGUGUGUAAAUUAAGUGGAGGAGAAAGAAAAAGAUUAUCUAUCGGUGUAGAGUUACUCGGUAAUCCACCAAUUAUAUUUUUAGAUGAACCAACCAGUGGCCUUGAUUCAUUUAAUGCCAUUAAUAUAUUAGAACUACUUUUAAAAUUAACAAAUUUAGGAAAAACUAUUUUAGUGACAAUACACCAGCCUUCCUACAUGCAAAUUAAGUAUUUUUCUCGUGUUAUACUUUUAUCGCAAGGUAAGAUGAUUUUUGAAGGACCAUUUGAUCAAUGUAAUGAUUUUUUUCAAGAAUGCGGAUACAAUCUUCCACCGAACACAAAUCCCACCGACUUCUUUUUAGAUGUUAUAUCAUUAGAUACGCGAAAUGAUAAAUCUAUGGCAGAUUGUUACAACAAAAUUAAUUAUAUAAACGAAAUGUGGAUGGAAAAAAAAAUACAACACACUCCUCGUUUAGAUAAUCCUGUCAAUUCUUAUGGUGUAACUGGUAGUAGUGUAUUAUUUCCAGUUUUACUUAGAAGAAAUAUUAUUGAAUAUUGGAGAAAGACAUCAUUUUUGGCUGUAAAAAUUUUACAAAAAAUAAUUUUUUUAUUGAUUUUUGGCUUAGCAUAUCUAAGAAUGGGAUAUUCUGAGGAUGAAGUGAACAGUAGAAAAGGAUCUCUUACAUUUCUAGUGCUUAAUGGAUUAUUUGGUGUUUGUGCCCCGAUUUUUAAUGUUUUUCCACAAGAAAAACGUAUUAUAGUCCGCGAAAGGCGUUCAGGAAUGUAUUCGGGUUACACAGCAUUUUUGUCUAAAUAUGUUUCAGAAAUUCCUUUUAAUAUGGUGUAUGAAUUAACAUAUUUAGUUGCUUUAUAUUGGAUUAUAGGGUUAAAUCCGAAUGCGGGCCGUUUUUUUAUUUGUUUAAUUAUUUAUGCAUCAUUAAUUAAUUUUUCAUUGGUUUUUGGAUUAGCAAUAAGUACAAUAUCACCAUCACAAAACAUUGCGCAAAUUAUUGGAUCGACAUUUAUAUUACUGUUUACAGUAUAUAGUGGUGCUUUUGGCAGUACUAAUGUUAUACCAGCAUGGCUGAGAUGGAUAAUCUUUAUAUCGCCAAUAUAUUAUGCAUACACCGCUUUAAUACAAAAUCAAUUUAGAGAUGUUACAUUUUAUAGUGGGUCACAAAAUAUACCAGGAGAAGAGUAUAUUUAUAUGAACAAUACGAAAAUAAUAGGAAUGUGGUGGUGUAUACUUCUUGUGUGGUUAUAUACAUUUGGAUGGUAUAUUAUAGGUAGUGUAGCACUUCAAUUUACUACUAGAAGUAAUAUUAAUUUAGAGAAAAGAAAAGAUCAAAAUUAA